AUGAUUGAAAUGACUCCGCUCGAUGACGCCCACAAUGAGGAUCCUGCAGAGGCUGAGACUGAUCUCUCGAGGGCUCAAUCAAAGUCAAGGCUACUAUGCGAAUCACGGGCGCGACCCCAGUCAAGAACGCCAUCCGAUGAGAGCAGACAGAAAGAAACCUCCAAAGUCCAAAAACCCCCUCGCAGAUCUAUUUGGCUCGAUACAUGGCUGCUCGAGAGCAUCGCGUUAGCAUUCGCCAUUGCCUGCUUCAUCGCUAUAUGCAUUGUACUCUUGAUAUACGACAAGAAAGUGCGACCGGAGACGAUGUUGUACGACUUGACUCUAAACACGUUCGUCUCGGUGCUAGCAACGGGAUGCAAAUCAGCAUUAGUCUUAGUUGUCGGAGAAGCAAUUAGCCAAUUGAAGUGGCUCUGGUUUCAUAAUCCUACACGAGAUGCGAACGAGAGACAGCUACUCGAUAUACAAACAUUCGAUGCUGCUAGCAGAGGGCCGCUAGGCUCACUAAUGAUCCUUAUCCAUCAUCGCGCGCAUUCGUUCGUCUCUCUUGGUGCAGUAGUAAUUUUGCUUCUACUUGCAUUUGAUCCAUUUAUACAACAGGCUCUAAACUACCCUGUGCAGCUAGCCCCCGACUUGAAUGGUGUUGCCAUUGCACCACAGUUGCGCGAAUUCAUGCCUGGCAAUUCAACAUUGGAUCCAACAAGCUCCCCUCGCACUUUACUCUUGGAUACCGCGCUCUCCCAGGGAUUCUGGUCUGAUCAAGCUUUCAUUCCCUCUCCUCAAUGCUCGUCAGGUAAUUGUACUUGGGGCGAAUACUCAUCGUCUGGCUUUUGUAGCCGGUGCAUCGAUAUAACUUCUCUCGCUACACUCGAUUGCCAUUUGCCUAACGCUGUCGGAAGUUUCAACAAGACGUGCCAUAUCAGCCUACCCUAUGACUACGAAAUGUUUGACCAUGAGUUCGACUCUGGGUAUAAUUUUACUGUGGCCUAUCAUGAAAGCGAAGAUUGGGAAAUGGGCGCGCCAGUAUUGUUUUUUCCGGACAAGAUCGUUUGGCAACCUCUCAGCUAUCUCCAAGGAGACUUCGACGAUAGCAUUGCGACCAAGCUCCAGAACACUACUUUCGCUGACGUGAUGAAUCCACUUUGGUCAAAUGCGUAUGCAGAACUCGAGCUGCAUAAAGGCCCAGUCUCUGCUGAUGCCCCUAUUUCGGAUGGCCUAUAUAUUAAGAGUGUUACCGGGUGCAGUCUUUCAGCCUGUCUAAGAGACUAUAACGUUACUGUGGAAAAUGGACAUCCGUCGUUCCAAACCCUCACUAUUGACUUCGGCACGGUAUAUUUGGACAGUACAAAGCCGAGAAGGCCGUUAUGCUGGCGACCUGGACCCCCGAACGUGGCCGGGCACCAAGAUACAAGAGGAUUUAAUUUUUGCGAUACGAGGAUGGAGCUUCUCGCAGGAAAAGGCUCAAAGUACUUUCCAUCUGAAGAAGUAGGAGCAUGGGAAUUGGAAGGCCGCACGUGGAAAAAACUCCCGAUGGGUGCAUCCGAGGUCUACGACACUGAUAAUUUUGACCCUAGCUUGGAUCGACUCCGAACUACUGGGUUCGCGCGAAGUAUGGCAAAUAUGGCUGCUUCUUUGAAUAAGGUGGGUCUAGAGAACUCUAAUCACGGGAUUAGUGGAACAGUCUACACAACUAAAGUCUUCGUGAGCGUGCAAUGGCGUUGGAUCAUACUUCCAGCUUUACUAGUUUUCAUCGGAACAGCUUUUUCAUGCGCCACGAUAAUUGUUAGCAGAAGAAGUAACCUGCCUCUAUGGAAGUCAUCUGCUCUGGCACCGUUUUAUCAUGGACUAGAGAAACUUGGGGAUGACCAUUAUGUGACUGCUAGCAUAAUGGAGAAGCAAGCAGAGAGGGAAAAUGUUCAGUUGCAGCGUUUGGACCACAAUGGGAGAUUGAUGCUACGCCAACGAGAAGCAGAAGCUCUGCGUCCGAACCUUGGGUUGCCUUGA